AUGGCGCGGGAGCUGAGCCAGGAGGCUGUGCUGGACUUCCUCUGGGCAGCGGGGGGCCGAGCCCCCAACGCGGCGCUGCUCCGCCACUUCCAGGGCUUCCUCCGCGAUCCGGCGCUGACGGACGCGCAGCGUGGGGAGCGCCGCGAGCGGUUCAAGCGCCUGGUCAAUGCCGUGGCCACCGUGCAACCCGCGUCCGCCGGCACCUCCAAGGACAUCGUGCUCCGCCGCAGGUACCGCGACCUCCUCGACGAGGAGCUGCCGCCGCAGGAAGAGCCGGAGGAGAAGAAGGAAGAGGAGAAGGAGACUUUCCCACCGCCCCGCUGCGAUCCCUGCCGGCGGCGCGACCUCCCGGGGAGGGGCCGGACGGGCGGGGGGCAGCACGGCGGAGCGGCCGCCGCCGCGGGCUGCACUGCCCGGGGCCGCGGUGGGCUCUGCCUCGAGUGCCGCAGGGCGCUUCGCGAUGCCGCCGCCGCCACCCCGCCGCCCCCCUAUCGGAACCUCCAGGGGCCGCCCCCGUACCGGGCGCCGCGGCCGCCCUACGCCGGACCGUCCCCGUCCCGGUGCCCGCAGCGGCCGCCGCCUCCCGUCGGGUCUGCCUCUGUCGGGUCCCUGCCACCGCCUGGCCCCAGAGGGCUACUCCCAGCCCGGUCCCCUCUUCUCUCAGCGGGCCCCAGGGUGCCGUCUCUCAGCGGGCCACCUCGAGCCCGGUCCCCACAGCCAUCCAUCCCGGAGCCAUCCCCUGCCCAGUCCCUGCCGCUGCUCUCAGCCCCAGAGAUGCCGCCCCUGUCGCAGUCCCGGUCCCUGCAGACACUCACUGCUGGACGCAACCCAUCCCCAUCACUGCUUUUAUCAGGCCCGGAUGCGCUCCCCCUGCCCCUGUCCAGGUCCCUUCAGAUGCUUUCCACCAGGCUUCCCCCAUCCUCGCGAGAGGGGCCCAAGGUACGGACCCCCAACGGCCCAGUGCAGCCUCGAGCCACGCGGCUGCACGUCACAGGGCCGCCCUCACCCCCAGCCCUGCCACAGCCAGCAGGCCCCGGAGGGCAGCCCCCCUGCUCCCAGCCCCUUCCUGCCAGUCCACUCCUGUCCCGGUCUGUGCUGCCAGCGUCAGACCCCCAGGGGCCACCAGCUAGCACCCCUCCAGCCCCAAUACCUGUCUUCCGCAGCAUCAGGUGCCAACUUGCUGUGCUGGAGAUGUCUGAUGACAGAGGGAGACCCCUCCGUGCAGUGCCCCAGAGGAGCUCAUCCAUACAUGUCCAGAGCCGGGGGCCGAUGGUGCCACUGGGUCGGCGGGCGCAUGCUUGGCUGGUGGCAGUGUCAGCAGGGCGCUGGGCCAACGUGCGGGGACUUUUCCUGGAGGAGCCAGAGCUGGCCCUGCAGCGGGACUUCAUGUCGGGCUUCACAGUGCUGCACUGGCUGGCUAAGCAUGGUGAUGGGCCAGGCCUGCAGGAGCUGGCCAAAGCAGCACGCCAGGCUGGGCUGGCAUUGGAUGUGGACGCUCGAUCUGGCUGCGGGUAUACUCCAUUGCACCUGGCUGCCAUACAUGGCCACACACUCGUCAUCAAGGUGUUGGUGCUGCAGCUGGGCUGCCAGGUACAGGUGCGGGAUGGCAACGGGCGCCAGCCCUGGGAGUACCUGGGCAGCAGCACCUCCGGGGAGAUCUGGCAGCUCCUGCAGGCACCCCGGGGCACGAUUAUGUUCCCCACGCAGCCCCUGGCCCGUAGUGUGUCCUCAGCCAGCAAGGCUCUGCCGCCUGCAGGCCGGGCACCGCUGGCUGCAUGCCUUAAGCCACAGCGUGGCCGCCGGACAGCAUCCCACCAAGCUGGAAGUGAGAGCAACUGACGGACAGCAGCACGCACCCCCUGCACAGGAGACUGGAUCCAAGAGGAAGG